AUGUCGGAAAUUGAGAUUUACAAUGAUUCUAUUCAGUUCGUGUGUGACCUGUGCUCGCUGAGGUACUCCACCUUCGAGAUACUGAUGACCCACAACCGGAUCAAGCAUUACCAUUCGAUACGGUUUAGGUGCGGAUUUUGCAAUGAAGCUUUCAUGAACGAAGACGACCUGCACUGUCACUUGAUUCUAACGCACCGCGUUGAUCCGUACAAUCUAGACGACGGUCAAAUGAUAGAGCAACGGCGUGCUAUUACCGAUACGGUGCUCAGCGAGGAUGAGAAACGAAGCAUUAUGAUCCGUUGUGAUUGUCCCAGUAAUGACGAAGAAAACGAUGACGCCGAAGAUCAGAUAGACCCCUUGGAAGAAUACGAACAGCUAGAGUUGGACUAUAAUGAAUUGUUCAAGCAGCGCAAACGGAGCGCACUGACGGCGGAAGAAAUUUUGGAGUUAACCGAUGUCUUCAAAAAAUCAUCCGAUGCGCUAUGUAUAUCCAAAUUGCACUUUUAA